UAAUGUCACUCUUGUCAGCAUCAGUGCAUUCCGUUAAGGGUGAACGGGAAAACGCAGUGUUCGAUUAUUUUCUGACAAACGUGUGUUUUCAUUCCGCUAAUUUAAAGUGCGAAAAAACUUAUACAACGCUUUGUUCAGAUCAUUGCGGAACUUCUUGAUAAUUUGGUUGAAAAUUUUCUCCCGUCAUCACACCACGCACGCAGCUCGGCGCGACCAACAGACGUAUCGUGAAAGAAGGAAGAAAAUUGUGAACAGUCGGCUUGUAUAGUCCCUCAUCACGGCGAAGACGACGAAAGCAAGUACACGGUUGAGGUUAGAACAAGAGUAUUCACUCGCCUUUCUGCGGCAGCUGAUGUGCUGUAAAUAGUGCGUACUGUCAAAACGACGUAGAAGGUGUUCCUUCGUUUUCGGACAGCGAUAAACUUACAGAGCUCCAGUCGGUUAGUGUACACAACUAUGGCAUCUCCGGCCGAUCAGGCGGAAGUAUUACGUGGUCGAGAUUUGGUUCGAAUAUUCCAGCUAUGGGAAGAAAGGCACAGUAUCCCAGGCUACGAUCCGGAGCCGAUUGUCACCAGAUUGGCAGAAAUUUUCGAGGAAGAAACGGAAGUAUACAUGCGCAAAGAUCCAGACCCGUUCGAUGAGCGCCACCCGUCGCGCACCGAUCCUAACAGUGAUUUGGGACGCAUACUGAAAACUCUCUUCCGUAAGGAUCACUUCAUGACCCGGUUGGUGAAUGACUAUUUGCGGGACAAUUUCUUCACACGGCAAAACGUACAACAGUGUUCACAACCAUUAAACAUCGCAGCCUGCCGGCUUAUCUUGGUGAUCAUGCCUGGUCUGGAAACAUCCGCUGUUUUUCAGGCCGAAUUUGACCAUUUAAUCACACGGUUGUACGGAUGGGCUGAAUCGAGCCCGGAGCCAUUGCAGAGCUACGCCACCGGUCUUCUGGGAGCGGCAAUGGAAGUGCAAGAGAUAGCUGUGAGUUUCCGCGAGCAAAACAUCCGCCUUUUACCGAUCAUGUUGCGGAGAUUACAUCUGCUGCAGUUGGCGCAUAGGAAUCGAGAUAGGCUGGUGGAAGCUGGCGAGGGAACAAGUAGCACUGCCUUCCAGAGAAUGUUCCAGGUAGAGGCAGCUCUUUUAAGUGGAAAAUCUACUGAUAUCCAGCGGAAUGAUUUAUUGAUGGAGGAUCACGUCGAUAAUGAUGAUCGGCCGUUUGCUCAUUUGGGACUGUCUGAAGCGAGCGGAAUGGCACCACCUAAUGGCCCAACUUCUGUGUUAAAUUUGAACACUCUUUUUCAAAACGAAAACAGCCAAACCACGCAGGAUAACGGUCAAAGUAGGUCUGCUCCCCACCGAAAUCUGAUUCCUAUCUAUCCGGCAACGAUCGCUACUAGCCAGAUGUUGAUCCUACGGUAUCUUACACCAAUGGGGGAGUACCAGGAAUUUUUGCCACAUGUUUUCGAGCACAAUGCCAUGAGUUUGAUUUUUCGUUACAUUGAAAAUUUGGACGCAAAAGACACCUGCCUGGCGUUUGAAGCGCUCAAAUAUUUGGCUUCGCUGCUUUGCCACAAAAAGUUCUCACUAGAAUUCAUUGCCAGUGGUGGUCUAGAACGGUUAUUAAAAGUUCCCCGACCAAGUUUAGCUGCCACUGGAGUUUCGAUCGCGUUCUAUUAUCUGGCUUACUGCGAAGAUGCAAUGGAGCGAAUCUGUCUGAUGCCUCAGAAAAUUAUCACCGAACUUGUAUCGUAUGCUUUAUGGUUGCUGGGUUGCUCCCACGAUUCUGGUCGUUGUCAUGCUACGAUGUUCUUCGGUUUGAGUUGCCAGUUCAAGACUAUGAUGGAUGAGUUCGAUAAACAGGAUGGUCUACGGAAGCUGUACAAUGUGAUUGCCGUACUGCCGAUUCUAUUAUCGACGGACGAAUACAAUCUGAACGACGAUGAGGAAUGUGCUGCUCGACAAGUCGUACGUCAUGUGUGUGUCGCGUUGAAGAAGUACUUCGAAAAUCAUCUGUACUACAAGUACAGCCAAGUGACUCGUCAACAGUGUCCAACCGGAACUCUAGCGCAACCAGUUUUUAAAUCGGUAAAAAAUUCACCGGAAGUCAUAAGCGAUCAGAUUAAAACAUUACAGGAGCUAUUACCAAUGAAGGCUCUUUGGACGCCGGUGGACGAGUUUCUGACCUUGGGCGGGGUCAACUUAUUGCUUCGUAUUAUCGCAUUGGCUUAUGAAUGGAACUACAGUGGGCGUUUCAGUUCUUGCAGUGCUGAAACGGUACGUGCCGCAUUGGAUGUACUGAAUGUAUGCUGCGUGAUUCCGCGGGUCCAUACCGUGUUCUGUGAGCGGAUCGAGUUCCCGGAUGAGGGUUCGGCUGCCGGAAUUAACAUCGUACUAGGGGCAGCGGAAGGUGAAAUAGUUGCCGACGCCGAAGUGCAAAAAUCAGCCCUGGCUGUGCUGGUUCAUACAGUUUGUGCUCCAAUUCAUCGACCCAGUGGAUCACUGGCUCGGUUUGGUUCCGCAAAGAAACGAAUGCCGAAUAAAAAUUCGGAGGAAUUGCUUCAAAAGGUGUGGGAGAGUGUUCGAUCCAACAACGGUAUCAUUGUGCUACUGUCACUAAUGUGUGUUAAAACGCCCAUUACCGAUGCGGACUGCAUUCGAGGGAUGGCCUGUCGGGCGCUAGCUGGUCUGGCAAGGUCUGAAACGGUACAACAGAUUAUCGGAAAGCUCCCACUGUUUGUAAAUGGACAGCUACAAAGUCUUAUGCGUGACCCAAUUCUGCAGGAGAAACGUGCUGAGCAUGUCCAGUUCCAGAAAUACGCUCUGGAACUAAUGGAACGUGUGUCGGGGAAAACGAAAACCUUCAACAAUCAACUGGACACAUCGUUAGCGGACAUUCAUAAAGCAAAUGUCGUUGCCCAGACUAAAAUUCAAUUUAAUGAGCAGCAGCUUUAUCAGCUAAUCUAUCAACAUCUGGUGGCAAGAGGUUUAAGCGAAACAGCUUCCAGUUUGGUAAAAGAAGCAAACUUAACAGUUCCAACACUUCUACAACAGCAGCACCAACAGAGUGCUGGCAUUGGUAGGAAUUUACAUCAUUCGCCGUUUGCCUUUAGGUCACCCAACACCACUCUUAUACAAAGAUCGAGAAUUCGAAGCAAAACUACAGAGGCCGUAUUCAAUCACUCAUCGGCUCAAGCCAACUUGCAAGCUGCCCUGGCUGCCGCAAGCGUCGAGGGUAAUUUGAUGAAUAAUGGGGGUAACACUGACGUGCAUUCCUUGCGAAUGGACGCAUUGAGCAGUGCUGGCACUGCAGUGACACUGGAGCAAGCACCAAGUGAACCGUUAACUCCGAUUAAGCUUAUCAAAAAAACUAAUCCGGGUAGCAUAAGUGCUGGAGGGCCCGUCGGAGGUAGCUCUUCUCACGGUAACAGCAACAAUUUAAACACUCCCUUCUCCUCCUCGUCUAGCAGCAGCAACCAGCAGCGUUCAUUGCAGAAACAAAUAUCGGCCACCAUCGGCACAGCAUCGUUCCUUGUUCCAGCGUCGACGUCUUCCAAAACCACCACGGCAGAUGCACCCGGCAAUACUGUUACUCUUGAUACCAUUAUAACUGAGUAUCUCACCAACCAGCAUGCUUUGUGUAAACAUCCGAUGUCUACCUGCCCCCAAUUUGAUCUGUUCGUACCACAUAAAUGUCCGGACCCGCGACCGAAUCGGGCUUCCGGGAUGAGUAUGAAUUUUGCAGCACGGUUUUUCAAACGACACGCCGGAUUUUCCUCCCGAAGGUACGAUCGACGAUUGGUUCAUUCGAAUUUUUCCGCUUCACGUGUGCUGCGGCCACAGGACUCGGAAUUUUUCUUUACGUGCUGUGAUUUUACGCCAUGUGCCACAAAACUCAUCACCGGCUCGCACAGUGGAGAGGUGAAGAUUUUCAAUUUGAGUGACAGCAACGAGGAGUUUAGCUACUCGUGUCACGAAUCGUAUCUGAACUCGAUCAAAUGUAGCAAAGAUGGACGCCUGUUGUUGACGUCCUGUGCAUGGCGGUCUCCGAUGUCCGUGCUGUGGAAUAUUGAGAACAAUCGGUUCUCGCACAAGCUUCAGUGGGACGAGGAAGAGUACCUGGAGUUUCCGAAUGUGAAACAGGACAAGGUGCUGGCGACUACAGGAGAGGUUGCCACAAUCUACGACAUCAACACCGGACAGAAGAUUCUUUCGUUGGUACCAAACAUCUACAAUCAGUACUCGAAAAAUCGUGCCACGUUCUGUCCCUCGGACGAGUUGGUUCUGUCGGAUGGUGUGCUGUGGGAUGUCACCUCUGGCAAAGAGAUUCACAAGUUUGACAAACUCAACCAGACCAUCUCCGGAGUAUUUCAUCCAAACGGGUUGGAGAUCGUGUCCAAUACCGAGGUGUGGGAUUUGCGGACAUUCCACCUGCUGAGGACGGUGCCAGCGUUGGACCAGUGCUAUGUCAAGUUCUCGCCGCAGAAUGUGAUAUACGGUAUCUGUCCGGAGCUGGAGACGGAAUCCAACUCGGAUAAUGUUUUUUUCGAGUCGAGCUUCAAAGUGUUGGACGGGUACGACUACUCUAGCAUUUCAACGGUGGACGUGAAACGGAACAUCUACGAUCUAGCAAUAAACCUGUAUGGUAGCCAGAUCGCGAUCGUCGAGAAUCAGGGUGGGUACAACUCGGUACAGGAGUCGGUAGUGCGAAUUUACAGUGUUGGACGCAAGAAGAACACUGAAGAUGACGCCGAAGAGGAGGAGGAGGAGAUGGAAAACUCCGAGGACAAUUCGAUGUCGGAGACGGAGUCGGUCGUAUUUCACGGCGCUCGCGGAGAGAACGGUGGUCAGCGUCGUCGGCGGAGACGGGGAAUGCGUUUCAAUGUACUCGAUGAUGACGAUGAUAUUUUCCAACCAGGUUCCUCCUCGUCCAGUGAGGACGAUGACGACGAUGAUGAUGACAACGAUAACGAUGACGAUGGUGGUGACGGAGAUGGGGAUGGCGACGGGGACGGAGACGACGAUAACGAAGGUGAGGACGAUGACGGUGCCAACAACAAUGACGACGAUGCCGAUGAGGAGGAUGCUUCGUCCUGGACCACGACCUCCGAUCUGGAGGAUUUUCUGUUGUUAUAGAAGGGAGACGGGACAGAGCGCGGAAGGAAUUGAUAGCCAAAAAGUGAGUCGCCUAUCACAAAUCGUACUGUGGUUGUCUGUAAAUAAUUCACGUAACAUAAAUCGAGAGUAGGAGCUUUGCGUAAGCUUACCAAAUUGCACAGAUUCGAAUACUAAUUAUUGGAAAAAUUAUUGCACCAUGAUAAGCAGAUAGAAGUUGUUACAACAUUAUAAUUGUUAGAACAAAAAAUGGCAUAUUUUUUUAAAA